AUUUACAUGACAUUCUAUUUGUUGGUAAAGAUUCAGUUGUAGUCCAAGAAAUUUCUUACAAUGAGAUCAUUGCAAAGGGAAGUUCACUGGUAAAUGGUAUCCGGUCAAAGCAGGAACAAGUAGAAAAUCGACUUCAUAACCAGGGUGUUGGGGAUAUUCCAAAAUAUGUGAAUCUUGAACCGUCACUAGCAAUGGACUGGCUUGAGAUAUCAUGGGAUGAGCUGCGGAUCAAAGAACGCAUUGGUGCUGGAUCAUUUGAGACAAUGUACUGUGCUGAAUGGCAUGGAUUACAAGUGACAUCUACAAUAAACACAUUAGCAGGUGCAUUGUACAAGGUGUUUUGUGCAUCUCCUGAUCCAGCUAGCAUUGAAAUGCACCGAGCAUGUUUUAAUUAUUUGAGCCUUGGAGGUGUUUGCUCAUACGGACCAAUAGCUCUACUCUCCAGUCUGAAUCCGCGUCCAUUGAGCUUGGUUCUACAUUUCUUCGUGGUGGCUGUAUACGGUGUUGGCCGCCUCUUGAUACCGUUUCCUUCUCCAAAACGAAUGUAUAAAGCUUUAAUUAUUUGUUGA